AUGUCGCAGUUCGUUGCUGACCCAUCCUCAGCGCAUUCUACUCCCACUUCUCCGCUCCUCGCUUUCAGCGUCGCCACUCAUACGGUUCCGCCCGAUGGUAGCCAUUUCCCCUGCUUCUGUUUUGCUUCGUUCCCUCCCAGUUCCCUUCCCUCGUUCUACCCUCCCUCCCCUCGCGCUGCAUCUCCGCUUCCCAUCGCGCUGCAUCCCCGCUUCCCAUCACGCUGCAUCCCCGCUUCCCAUCGCGCUGCAUCCUCCCCUCGCGCUGCUUCCCCGCUUCCCCUCGCGCUGCUUCCCUGCUUCCCCUCGCGCUGCUUCCCUGCUUCCCCUCGCGCUGCUUCCCCGCUUCCCCUCGCGCUGCUUCCCUGCUUCCCCUCGCGCUGCUUCCCUGCUUCCCCUCGCGCUGCUUCCCCGCUUCCCCUCGCGCUGCUUCCCUGCUUCCCCUCGCGCUGCUUCCCUGCUUCCCCUCGCGCUGCUUCCCUGCUUCCCCUCGCGCUGCUUCCCCGCUUCCCCUCGCGCUGCUUCCCUGCUUCCCCUCGCGCUGCUUUCCUGCUUCCCCUCGCGCUGCUUCCCUGUUUCCCCUCUCGCUGCUUCCCUGUUUCCCCUCUCGCUGCUUCCCUGCUUCCCCUCGCGCUGCUUUUCUCAUUCGUACGCGCUGGUUUCCUCAUUCCCUUCUGGUGGCUUUCGCCUUUCCCUUCGCCCUGCCUCCCCCCAUCCUAUACGCACCUUUCCGCUUUCCCUUUGCCGUCUCUCUGUUCCACUACUCCCAUCCCUCCCAUUGCCAAUAACCACCAGCAUCGAGCAAAGCGGGGGUGGUAG